UCUGAGGUAGAGUCUAGAGAGAGAAAGCAAACCCAUUGGAGCCGGAACAGGGCAAGAAGAGAAAGAGGAAAGGAAAGGAAGCAGCUUUAAAAAAGAGUCAAACUUUCUCUCUCUACAACCUCCUCUCGCCCCCCACAAAUCGCCGUCACUGCCCCGUCCGCCCCCUCUUCCUCCGCCCCGCCCGUGCUCUCCUCCGCGCUCCGCUAGGGUUCCGGUGUCGGAUUCGGAAACCCUAGCUCCACCGCGCAUUUCCCCCUCUCUCUCGGCGAAAUUGUCCGCGGAUUCCCGACUUCCGGCCGCCAAAACCCUAGCUUUGGGGUUGGGAUCAGGGAAUCCCCGCGGUCCGCGCUCGGAUCCCGUCGAAUCCGCCGGGAGCCGCCCUGAUCCGGUUCUAGGGUUUCGCGCCGCGGCGGCGGCACUGGCAUGCUGCUGCUGACUGCUGGGCGAGAUGCAGAGGUACGCGGGCGCCGGCAACAGCAACAGCUCCGGGUUCUCCGGCGGCCCGGUGUCCAGCGGCAGGGAGAGCAGCUCCAGGCUAGAAGCGUCGCCCUACGCUUCGCCUAAUUACCCGGUGAACCCGAGGCGGCAACCACAGCUAGCUCCAUACAGGCUAAAGUGUGACAAGGAACCACUUAACAACAAGCUUGGACCACCUGACUUCUAUCCUCAAACACCAAACUGUCCGGAAGAGACAUUAACGAAAGAAUAUGUACAGUCUGGGUAUAAAGAGACUGUUGACGGAAUUGAGGAAGCAAGAGAGAUCGUACUCAGUAAUAUAUCAUACUUCUGCAAGCCAGAUAUUGUUGCAAAAUGCAAGGAGGCACUAAAGAAGCGGUUGAGGGCUAUUAAUGAAUCUCGUGCUCAGAAGAGAAAGGCUGGCCAAGUUUAUGGAGUUCCUCUUUCUGGAUCACUGUUGAUAAAACCUGGAGUUUAUCCGGAGCAAAGGCCAUGCAAUGAGGACUCCCGCAGAAAAUGGACUGAGGCCCUUGCCCAGCCAAACAAGAGGCUGCGUUUAUUAUCUGAGCAUGUUCCUCAUGGUUAUCGUAGGAAAUCACUUUUUGAUGUUCUCACUCGAUGUAAUGUCCCAUUACUAAGGGCAACAUGGUUUGUUAAAGUUACAUACCUCAAUCAGCCACAGGUCCGACCAACAUCCAGCAGUAUUUCAACAGGUGCUUCUGAUAAUCAACGAUCCAACCAGUGGACAAAGGAUGUCGUUGAAUACUUACAACAGCUACUGGACGAAUUUUGUUCAAAAGAGGUACCUCCGUCUUUUAAGGAACAGCCAUCACCAGGGCUUAUUUCUGGGGCAACUCUAGUAAAAAUGAAAACCGAAGCAUCCUCUGUUGGUGGAGACACUGAAGAGCCUGUGGUGCACUUCAAAUGGUGGUAUAUGGUUCGUCUUGUACAAUGGCAUCUCACAGAAGAAUUGCUAGUUCCCUCGGUACUUAUUGAAUGGUUAUGUUACCAACUUCAGGAGAGGGAUUCAGUCGAGGCCUUAGAGCUUCUUUUGCCUGUUGUACUAGGUUUGGUUGAGACCAUCACUCUCUCACAAACAUACGUGCGUAUGUUCGUGGAAAUUCUGGUUAGACGUCUGAGUGAUGCUUCUGUUGUUGAUAACCCGAAAAGGUCAUCUAUCUCUUCUGUCAUAGCUGAGUUACUGCGAUACAUGGUACUUGCAGUACCGGAUACAUUUGUUUCUUUCGACUGCUUUCCUCUUCCUUCAGUUGUGGCCCCAGAUGUAUAUGGUAGAGGUGCUUUGCUGAAGAUAACUGGUGGUGGUGAAAUCUCUAGUUCUAAGAGGCCGGAUGUGUACCGGUACCUUUCCUGCGGUUAUGCUGUGUGUUCAAUUCAGAGACGUGCAUCAGAUCUUUCGACUCUUGCCAAUCCCAACCUUCAAGCACGUGGUGCAGCAAAAGUGGUACAGGCUUUGGACAAGGCUCUUGUCACUGGAAAUUUGACAAUGGCGUAUUCUUCACUCUUUAAUGAUCUAUCUGAUGCACUAAUGGAAGAAAGGUGGAUUAAAGAAGUCAGCCCUUGCUUGCAGUCUUCUCUAAUGUGGAUUGGAACUGUUGAGUUAUCCCUAAUCUGUUCUGUCUUUUUUCUUUGUGAAUGGGCAACAUGUGAUUAUCGUGAUUGUCGUACAUCUCCCAGUCUGAAUGUAAAAUUUUCAGGGAGAAGAGAUUUAUCUCAGAUACAUGUGGCAGUGUCUAUCUUAAAAAACAAAAUGAAUGAGAUGAAUAACUUGUCUCGGUCUAAGAGUAGAAGUCGCAUGGCAAUGAAUAAUAUUGGUAAAGGUUCUUCGUUGAAUGAUGCUUCUUUAGCAGCAACUACAGUGGAUGAUUCUUCUGGAUUGAGAAAUAAUGCAAAGAUUGAGGAGAAGAAUGAAAGGAAGGAUAUGUUUGAAAGUCCUGGUCCGCUGCAUGAUAUUAUUGUGUGUUGGCUGGAUCAGCAUGAGGUUAGCAGUGCUGCAGGUUUUAAACGCGUGGAUGUUCUCAUCAUAGAGCUUAUUCGCAGCGGUCUAUUUUAUCCUCAAGCUUAUGUAAGGCAGCUAAUUAUCAGUGGAGUAACUGAUAGGAGUGGUACUUUGCUAGAUACGGAAAGGAAAAGGAGGCACCACAGAAUAUUAAAGCAGCUUCCUGGGUCAUCUUUAUUUGAUGUUCUUGAGGAAGAUUUAGUUGUUGAAGAGCAACAAUUGCGUGAGAUGAUGUCAACCUAUUCUAGUGAGCGUCGCCUUGUGCUUUCUGAACUUUCGAGUGGUCUGUCAGUUGAUGCAAAUGACAGGGGUGAAUAUACUUCAAGUUCCUUCUUUCGGAAGCAGAGUGAUAUUUUGGUUGCAUCAGGAGGCUCUAAUCAUAGCAGUGUGCCUGAACAAGUAGAAGAUGUGAAAGUUAUGGUGUCGAGCCUGUUGUGUUUUAUUUAUCCUCACUCAGUGGAAUCAGAACAUUGUGAAACCAAAAUGAACUUCCAGGGAUCAUCAACUUCAACACUCACACAAGUGGAUAAUGGAGAAGUGAAAAAUGGCUGUGAGGAUUGUAUGAGGAUCAAGGGACAGAAAUUGGAUGAGAGAACCUCCCCUUACCAGGCGUUCCCAUUGGUUCAAUCAGAUGAGGAAGAUGCUUGGUGGGUAAAGAAAGGGACAGAGCUACAUGAAUCUUUUAAGGCUGAACCUGCACUGAAAUCCAUUAAACAAACCUCUAGAGGUAGGGCAAAAGUGGUUCGCAAAACACAGAAUCUUGCACAGCUUGCGACUGCUAGGAUCGAAGGCAGUCAGGGGGAGGCAUCUACUAGUCAUCUUUGUGAGAGCAAGCUGAGCUGUCCCCACCAUAAACCUAGCACUGAUGGUGACAAUGCCAAAGAUGCGUAUCACACAAGGAUGACAAAUCUGGCCGAAGUUGGGAAGUCGUUGAAGAAACUUAGAUUACUUGAAAGGCGCUCCAUCUCUGUGUGGUUGUUGAAAUCAGUAAGGCAACUUGUUGAAGGAAAUGAAACGACAGCUUGUAAAGCUAGCAAUUCCUUAAGCUCCUUUUCCUCUCUGCCUGAUGACAAAACUGUGUCCAAAUGGAGGCUAGGCGAUGAAGAACUAAUGUCAAUUCUCUAUAUACUUGACACAUGCUGUGAUUUAGUCUCUGGUGCAAGGUUCCUUGUAUGGUUGCUAGCAAAAAUUCGUGGUGGAAUGGCUACGCUAGGUCAAGUCGGGAGAAGUGGUACGCAUAUGAAAAACAGAGAUAACCAAGUUUGUCAGGUUGGUGAGGCACUUGUGUUCUCAUCCUUGCUUAGGUAUGAGAACAUACUUCUUGCAACUGAUCUCUUGCCUGAAGUUCUCAAUGCUUCAACGAACAGACAUUUUGUGUUAGCAAAUGCAAGGCAUUCUGCACCGGCAGCUUUGCCUUAUACCCGAUAUUUUUUAAGGAAGUACAGAGAUGUGGCUAGCGUGGUUAGGUGGGAGAAGAAUUUUAGGACCACAUGUGACCAGCGACUGCUAACUGAGCUUGAUAAUGGGCGAUCAAUAGAUGGUGAUUUGAUUUCUUCUUCAGGAGUUUCAGCAGGUGAAGAGAUGGAUGAGCAGGUCCGUCAAAAGCUGAAUGGAAGGGGUUCAAGAAUUGUUCCAAACAUGAAAGAGAUAGUGCAGCGGCAAACUGAAGAGCUUCAACGCAAUUUGAAGGAAAAGAAAAUUCCUGCAACGCCCAAGAGUCCCUCGUUUGAGAAGGAAGACGGUUAUCAAAUUGCACAUGAUACUGUUUUGGGCUUAUUUGAAUGUAUCCGGCAAAACGGGGGAGUAAGUCCAGAUGGAGACCCUUCAGCAGUUUUUGCUGCUGUUUCUGCAAUUGUUGUCAAUGCCGGGCAAGCCAUAGCUAAACAUUUGGAUUUCACAGGGGGUAACUAUCAUGGAGUUCCUUCUAUUGGUAAUUCAUUGAACUUUGUUCGGCACACUUUACACGUCCACAUAAGUUCUCUCUGCUUACUGAAAGAAGCUUUGGGGGAUCGCUUCAGUCGUGUAUUUGAAGUAGCUCUGGCUGUUGAAGCAUCUUCAGCUGUAACAGCAGCCUUUGCUCCUCCUAAGAUCCAGCGCAAUCAGUUUCAACCAUCUUCUGAGGCCCAUGAUGCCUAUGGAAAUCACACUAAUGAACUUCUAAGUACCUCAGGGAAAGGCUUUGUUGGGAGGGCUGGAAAAGGUGCUGCUGCUAUUUCUGCACUUAUUGUGGGAGCUGUUGUUCAUGGAGCUGUUAGUCUUGAGCGGAUGGUUGCUGUCCUGAAAAUAAAAGAUGGCUUGGACAUUCUGCAGAUCCUAAGAGGAUUGAGAACUGGCACUAAUGGUGCGUCCCGUUCCACUGGAACUUUUAAGAUGGAUAAUUCAGUAGAAGUUUUGGUUCAUUGGUUCAGGAUUCUAUUAGGGAACUGCAGAACCGUCUAUGAUGGGCUUAUUGCAGAUAUUCUUGGUGAGUCCUAUGUUCUUGCACUCUCAAGGUUGCAGCAGAAACUUCCUUUAAAUGUGGUCUUUCCUCCAGCCUAUUCAAUUUUUGCAAUGGUCCGUUGGAGACAGUAUAUCCUUAGCCGUGAAGAUGUGCAGGCUUACCAGAGUAUUGAGAAUGCAAUAAACGACAUCACAAAGCAUCAACCUUUUCGAGAUAUCUGCUUCCGCAAUACACAUCAGCUGUAUGAUCUUCUAGCUGCUGAUGGUGGUGAUUCGGAGUUUGCUGCAUUGCUUGAAAUGAACUGCUCCGACAAGAAUCUGAAGCACCUAUUUAUACCUCUCCGUGCCCGUCUUUUUUUGAACGCUCUUGUUGAUUGUAAAACACCAGCAGUCAUCCAGAUGGAUGGUUCAGAACCUGGUGAGGCAAAAGAGAAUGAGUUAAAACUCUCGGAGAAGCUUGGUCAAGUACUUGAUACCCUCCAACCUGCAAAGUUCCAUUGGCAAUGGGUUGAGUUGAGGCUUCUUUUAGAUGAACAGGCUCUUGCAGAAAAAAUUGGAAAAGCUGAAAGUAAGACACCAACAUCGAUACUGCGGGAAAUUAUUGAUGGACUUCGAUCGCUGUGCCCUAAUUCUGAGAGCUUUGCCCUAUCUGAAAGCGAGAAAGGGUUUACUGAAAUCAUCCUGUCGAGAUUAGUUGCCAGACCUGAUGCUGCUCCUCUCUACUCAGAAGUUGUCCACCUUCUUGGGAAGCUACAUGAUUCACUUGUUGUGGAUGUCAAAUGGAUCCUUCAAGGGCUAGAUGCCCUUCUGGGACGCAAGUCCACAAGACAACAGCUUGUAAGUCUUGCUCAAAGAAAAGGAGUUUCAGUAAAGACACAGGUGUGGAAGCCAUGGGGAUGGUCCAGCUUGCUUAGUGAUGUAAUGGCUAAUAGAACUGCCAAAAGGAAAUUGGAAGUCACUCCAAUUGAGGAAGGAGAAGUUGUGGAUGAUGCUGAAGCCAAAAGGCCAAUCAAAAGUACUCCCCAUAAUGUGGAUAGAAGCAUUGAAAGCAUUAGAUCUGUUAAUAAAUAUGUAACCGAGAAAGCCCUUGCGGAAUUAAUGUUGCCAUGCAUCGAUAGAAGCAAUGCAGAAUUUCGCGGUAUAUUUGCUGGGGAAGUAAUCAAACAGAUGGGAACUGUCAGCGAACACAUCAAAGCAAUAUCACGAAAUGGUACAAAACAUGCUGGUUUGGUCCCUUCAGGAAAUGAAGUUUCAUCUAAUAAACCCAGUGGUCGUAAAGGAAUUAGAGGUGGAAGCCCAAGUAUUGGCAGGCGAGGCACGGUUGGUAAUGAUCCAACCCCCCCUUCAGCAUCUGCCCUGCAGGCAACAGUGUGGUUACGCCUCCAAUUUAUAAUUAGGUUACUUCCAGUAAUCUUGGCAGACAGGAACAUGAGGCAGACACUUGCUUCUACGAUACUAUGCUUGCUUGCGGCGCGCAUAAUCUACGAGGAUGCAGAUUCACCCGUUCCUCCUGCCAAUUUAGCUACGUUGAGGCGGGAAGUGGACUCUUUGCUGGAACCUCCUGUAGACGUCCUGCUGGAUCGCCCAAGCGAGAGUCUUUUUGAGAGGCUUUUAUGUGUUCUCCAUGCACUGCUUGGGAACUCCAAACCAAGCUGGCUAAAGACAAAGCCAGUUUCCAAGCCACCCGUUAGAGCUCCGCGAGAUAUCACUGCAUUUGAUGUUGAAGCUGCUGUGGGCUUGCAGUCCGCAUUGGACCAUAUGGAGUUGCCUGGGACAAUCAGGCGAAAGAUCCAAGCCGCUCUGCCGAUCCUCCCACCAUGUCGUCACAGGUCUAUACAGUGUCAACCUCCUCAGCUGUCCUUGGCUGCACUAUCACCACUCCAGAGCAGCACUUCAUCCACCGCAGGCCCUCAACAAAAGAACACCCCUCUCAGCUGGGUCCCCACCAACAUCUCAAGCAGAAGCAAGGCGACACUGCCUUCCCAGGACCCCGAGAUGGAGGUGGAUCCCUGGACCUUGCUCGAAGAUGGCACUAGCUGUCCGUCUGCCUCGUCAGGAAGCAAUGGGGCCAGCGGGAUCACUGCUGACCACGCCAACCUCAAAGCGUGCAGCUGGCUCAAGGGUGCGGUCAGGGUGAGACGGACAGAGCUGACCUACAUUGGGUCUCUAGAUGACGACAGCUGACAUAUACAGUAAUGCCAGCAAGGACGGUCUAGUUUUAAUCAGCGGAAUUCUUUUGUGUACAACAGGGUGGAUAUCUCGUGGCCUUAUGGGGCGGCCUCCCGUGUAGAAUACCGACCAACCUUUGCCCCUGUUUUGUUCCUAGGGCCCACUUUGCAGGAGCGACAGUGUACAUAGUUGGGGACAUUAGUCCGCUCCUCGAGCGAUGGCCCUGUGUAGCUUAUUCAAGAAUUAGGAAAGAAUGAUGCAACUUAGCUGAUUCGCCGAAAAGGCUGAUAUAUUCUUUGGUCUAAUUGUAGUGCAAGCUGGCCCCUUUAACUGAUGUGGUUUAGCAUGUUGAUAUAUUAUUGUUGGCUGGGCUCUUGGUUGUGAAACAUCUCGUCGGUAUCAAGUUGGUGCACUUGUCCAAGUGUUUCUCUCGCAAUACUAUCUGUCCAGAAAUAUAAGUUUGAGCUCA